AACCAUUAACAGGACCCAAAUAACAACACCGGAAGUGGGAUAAUGUGUUCACUGUGAAGAUUUGUGAUUAUAACUUAUAUAAAGAUCACAGCCCUAUUUGAAGAUGAACAGCCUAUCUCCAGAGGUGGCACUGGGUCGGAUUUCUCCUGAGCUGAGGCCUUUACUCUUUACUGUGGUACAUAAUGGACGGGUUGGUUUGGACUCCUCUAACUGUCUCCGGAUUACUGAUAUUAAGAGUGGCUGUACAUCACUGAUGCCUGGCCCUUGCUGUGAUAGAUUUAAACUUCAUAUUCCAUAUGCUGGAGAGACUCUCAAAUGGGAUAUCAUUUUUAAUGCCAGAGAACCAGAGCUGCCCCCUGACUUUAUCUUUGGAGAGGAUGCUGAUUUUCUGCCAGAGCCAUCAGAACUCCUGCACUUGGUGUCAUGGGACACUGGUAAACCAGAGUGUCUCCUACAGCUAGUGAAAGAGCUGCUACAGCAGUACCAUCAGUACCAGUGCCAGCGGCUACGUGACAGCUCCCGCCUGCUCUUUGAGUACGACAGCCUGCUAGAGGACUAUAGUGGCAGCAUGGAGAUCUACGCUGGCCGCAAAAACAGCUGGACAGGGGAGUUCUCUGUUCGAUUCCUCCUCAGACUCCCAGUGGAUUUUAGCAACAUUCCAAUCUACCUUCUCAAGGACACUUCAUUGGAUCCAGGCGAAGAUGUGGUGCUUCUUUCAGUUAACUUUGAAGAUGCUGAAGCCACACAGGUCUUCCCAAAACUCUACCUGUCUCCGAGCAUUGAGCAUGCACUUGGAGGACCUUCGGCAUUACAUAUACCAGCAUUCCCCAGUGGAGGCUGUCUCAUUGAUUAUGUGCCUCAAGUAUGCCAGUUACUUACAAACAAGGUGCAGUAUGUUAUUCAAGGAUAUCAGAAGAGAAGAGAAUACAUUGCUGCUUUUCUCAGUCAUUUUGGAAUGGGGGUUGUGGAGUAUGAUGCUGUGGGGUUUACCAAGCUCACCCUUUUGCUAAUGUGGAAAGAUUUCUGCUUCCUGGUACAUGUGGACCUACCUUUAUACUUCCCUCGAGAUCAGCCAACCCUUACCUUUCAAUCAGUCUAUCACUUCACCAGCAGUGGGCAGCUCUACUCUCAGGUGCAAAAGUCUUACCCCUAUAGUCCACGCUGGGACGGCAAUGAAAUGGCCAAACGAGCUAAGGCUUACUUCAAGGGCUUUAUCCCUCAGUUCCAAGAGGGGGCUUUUGCCAAUGGAAAACUGUAGAUAUAUUCUGUAAAUUAGGAUAAUGUCUCUGAUUUGACUGCUGACUUUUGGAGUUUUUGGAGACCAUCUAUGAAUGUCAAUUAGUCUAACAUGCAUGAACCCAGUAUUUGUCUGUUUUUUGAAAAACCUCUGAAUCACAAGUCUUAUAUUAGCUGGUCCUUUUUAUUGUUCAACCUUCUUGACCUCAUGAGCAAGAGGUACACGUAAAUGUACUGCAUGUACUUUUUCAUAUUCUUUUUUGCUCCUGGCUAAUAAUUUAAAUUGGUUUAUUUGUGUUUUGAAAUAGAUUACAGCAAUAAAUCUGAUUUCUUUUACUUUCCUUAUUUUCUACAAUUUAUUCACAAGUUUUGUUUUACACCAAUUAUUUGCUUUUUUGUUUCUGUUUAACCAAUUGAUAUUCUGGUCAAAUUAGAGAAAAAAUUUGUCUAAAUGCAUACAUUUAUCAAAGAAAUACAAAUCUAAUUAACACUAAGAUGUGGAUCUCGACUGUCACAUCACACAUAGCUAGCAUUUUUUUAAACACAUUUUUGUCAUAUGUUAUUUAGAUAUAAAAGUUGCAUUCCACAUAAAAAAAGGCUAUAAAUAUAAGCUAUGAAAAUAUAUUUUACAGAUAAAAAGAAGGUAUUCAGUUAUUUACAAUUAAUUAACAGAACUGGAAAGGUACAGUUGUUAUAAAAAAAUGGCAUCCUUGGUAAAUAUGAGUAAAAAAAGCUGUGAAAAUAAAUAUAAAAUUUUUCUCCUUUUGAGCAGCUCUCUACGCAUGUUAUUUACAUCACUGUCCAAAAUUGCUCACUCAUUUUCGUUCACUUCUUUCCCAUAUAGUGGACUCAAUUGUCAUUCUUUAUAGGGAAUAGUAAAUGAGUAAACGAGGGAGCAGUUUUGUACACAGCAGAAGACUACAGCGAUCCAUUCGACUGUAAGGGACUGCGAAGUGUGCUUAACACGGUUUUCCACCAUCUUAAAGUGCCAGACAGAUCCAAUAUAGAAAAUGACCUGUAUUGCAGUGUGUCAUGUAGCUGUCCAUAAAUGUAAACGGUGUGCAAAGUAGUUAAACCAAAAAGUGCACGAUAAAUAAAGUUAUUUGCUUCUAAAGUAGGAGUCAACUCUGAACCGCGUUUUCGAGUCAUAUUAUUUUCGAAUUUCCUGUCUGUUGUCUGUCUCAUAUAAAGGCAAUACUUUGCAUAAUCUCAGCCUACAGUCUUGCCCAUGAGAAACAAGAACCCUGACCUGCCCACAGACACUUCCACUAGUUAGUGUGUUAACAUUAUAUUGAGAAGAUACAAUGUUUUCCGCUGUAAAGGCAAGUUUGUGAUAUUUCACUACCAAAGGAUGUGAAGAAUCAGUGGUUAAAAUUACCUUUUUAAGGUGGGAUUCGCUAAACAUUUGGCCAGGAUGAACCUCUCUGUCUGAGGAUGCGCGCUGGGAAAGCACUGCUCCUACCCCCACCUCUGACGCAUCGACCUUCACUAUGAAUUGACGUGAGCGAUCAGGGGUGACGAGAAUGGGUCGGCUGCGUCUGACCACCUGAACGUCAAACUAGGGGAGGUCAAGGCGGUCAGAGGUGCGGCUAGUUGGCGGAAAUUGCGAAUGAAACGCCGGUAAAAAUUGGCGAACCCCAGAAAUCUCUGCAGGGCCUUGCGAGACUCUAGGGAUGGCCAAUCAACCACAGCCAUAACUUUAUCAGGAUCCAUGCAAACACCCUCAGUCGAAAUGAUGUGUCCUAGAAAAGAAACAGACUGUGCAUGAAAAACGCAUUUUUUCCGCCUUGACAAAAAGCCCAUUCUCUAGCAACCGCAGAAGCACUCGUCGUACGUGUUGCAAAUGUUCCUGGAGAGACGAAGAAAAAAUCAAUAUGUCAUCCAGGUAAACAUAUAUGAACUGAUCUACCAUGUCUCGCAACACGUCAUUAGCUAGUGCUUGGAAGACCGCUGGCGAGUUUGUGAGCCCGAAAGGCAUGACGCAAUACUCAAAAUGGCCUCUAGGGGUGUUAAACGCAGUCUUCCAUUCAUCCCCCUUCCUAAUGGGAACCAAAUGAUAAGCGUUACGUAAGUCCAAUUUAGUGAAGAGAGACGCUCCCUGCAACCUCUCGAAGGCUGAAGACAUCAACGGCAAAAGAUACAUAUUCUUUACCGUGAUGUUAUUCAACCCUCGGUAGUCAAUGCAAGGUUGCAAGGAUCCGUCUUUCUUACCCACAAAAAAGAACCUCGCCCCCGCUGGAGAAGAGGAAGGACGAAAGAACCCCGUUGCUAGAGAAUCAGAAAUGUAUUUCUCCAUGGCCUCCAUCUCUGGAACAGACAGAGAGUAAAGCUUGCCCUAAGGCGGAAACGUACCUGGCAGUAAAUCUAUAGGGACAAUGCGGAGGGAGAGAAUCAGCCCGAGACUUACUGAACACGUCCUUCAGGUCGAGGUACUCCGCGGGCAUGUUAGACAAAUCCACUGCUACCCCCUGAAUCACAGACUCAGAAACAGUUAGACAGGCAGAGACAAGACAGGACUUAUGACACUCCUCGCUCCAGCUGGUGACAGAACCCAGUUUCCAGUCAAUUUUGGGAUUAUGAGAAUGGAGCCAAGGAUGUCUGAGAACGAUGGGUGAGAGUGAAGUGUUAGUGAUGAAAAAUGAAAUGGUCUCCGUGUGGUUGCCAGAGGUGAUGAGCGUGACUGGAGCGGUGGUGUGCUCGAUAGUGGGUAGCUGUAGUCCAUCGAGGGCGAAGGGAGCGAUCUGGUGAGUGAGUGGGAUGAACGGAAUCUGGAGCUUACGUUCGAGUGAACUGUCGAUGAAGUUUCCCUCCGCCCCGGGGUCCAGAAGUGCAAACCCAGUGUGUGUCUUGGUGGACCACCGUAGUCUCACCGGAAGGAGGGUGGAUGUAGUCGAGGUCUUGUGAGCAGAGAUCCCGCCCAAUAGUAGCCUCCGUCUUACUACCGGGCUUGGUCUUUUACCGGGCACCUCUGACAAUGAUGACCCGGCUCACCACAGAACAUACACAGACCUUGGGAUCUCCGCCGGUUCCUCUCCUCCCGGGACAGCCGAGCUCGACCCACCUGCAUGGGCUCCGGAUCUGAGAGAACGCUGGCGGAGAAAUCGCUGGGAGGGCUGGUCGGUUCUGGUCUGUGCUGGAACAUGGUGGUGGUUCUCCUUCUGGCAGCCAGGGCUAAUCGUGCAUCGACCCGGAUCGCCAAAUCUAACAGCCCGUUGAGAGAAGUAGGUAACUCCGCCAUGACAAUCUCUCGCUGGAUCCGAUCCGCAAGCCCAUGCAGGAAAUGAUCCCACUGCGCCUCCUCGUUCCACCUGCACUCUGCCGCCAGGGUCCGGAACUCGAUGGCAUAGUCGGAUACCGAACGCUCCUCCUGUCGGAGCUCGGUGAGGAGUUGGGCGGCUUCUUUCCCGGCGACGGAGCGGUCGAAAACCCUCUUCAUCUCUUCGGAUAGCAGGGAGAACGAGGAGCAGCAGAUGUCUCUAUUCUCCCACACCGCCGUCCCCCAGAGGGCAGCCUUGCCCAUCAACAGAGAGAGAGUGAAAGCUACCUUAGUUUCCUUGAGGUAGAAUGACCGGGCUGUUACGCGAAAUGCAAGGAGCAGUGAGAUAAGAAAGUACGGCAAUAAUUAGGCUCACCGGAGUAUUUCUCGGGGAUGGGUAACCGGGGUUCUGGUAAAAAGCUACCCCCUGGGGGUGAAGAUGGUGCGGGCGGCGUGGGUGGCGCAGUGGGUAGCCUGGGAUGUGGAGAUCGCUGAGAGAGCUCGGACACUUUCGCCACCAUUGCAUGGACGGCCUUCCGCAUAUCCUCGAUGGCUUUGUCUUGAUGAUCCAUACGAGCCAGGGAGCGCUGAAGAAACUCCUCGAGCGUCGCGGUGGGUUGAUCCCCUGCUGCUUCCAUGUUGGCCAGAUUCUUCUGUAAUGAUACGAAAUGCGCGGAAGCAAAUGCAGGUGAAAAUAUAACAAUGUUUAUUAAAUGUAAACAAAGAGAGAGAAACAGAGUCAAUGCUGAAGCAAAUAAUGUCCGGUGAUGGUGGCAAUGGUGGUGAACACUACGGUGGUUAGUUGGUGUAGAUGUUUAUUGAGUGCGGCGUUGGUGGAGUGGUGAGCAGUGGUUAAGAUCCAGACUGUACACGGGAACAUCCACACGAAGACGACGACGACAUAAACAAUCCAACUGAGAACACGUAAUCCACACAGAACGACGCGAUAAACCACACAACACAGGAGCCGAACAAAGAGUGAGAAUCUGGCAGGGAACAGAAAGUCAUGUGAGUAUUUAUGGAGGUGAUGUAAUGAUGAUCAGCUGGAGCGAGACAAUCAACACACAUGUGAGCGGCAUCAGUCUGAUGAGCACAUGGCAGAGCGGUGAGUAAACAAACACACACACACACACACACACAUGACACGGAGGAAACAAUGGAUUUCCUACCGUGACAGUGAUCCCCCUUGCCUUUCAAAUGUUUUCCAUCAAUGAAACUGGCUUUUUGUGAAUGAAUUAAAUAAAAGAUAAAAAAGAAGAAACAAUAAAUAUUUAUUUUGCCAAGUUUCUUUGCUCAUAUUUACCAAGGGUGCCAAUAUCUUUGUCCACAACUGUAUCUAAAUGGAGAGCAUACUUAUUAAGAUGGAUAAAUCUAGUCUUUUUAUUUUUUUGUUUCGCAAACAGAACACAGGUAGCAAUGUUCAUCUGUGCACUGCAUUUUUAAAGAUUUCACAGCCCAAUUUUUCUGCAUGUAUGUUUAAAUAAAUACAGAAUAAAUAA